AGUAUUUCGUAAUCUCGAAUGCCAACGUUCAUAUCACAUAUCACACCCACGUUCAACAUACACUGUUUUGAGAAAGUGCAUCGAGAAGUAUUUAAACAAGAGAUUUAAAAUGAAUUUACACACCAAAGCAGCUAUAUUGUGUUUGACCCUGUUUUCCUUAGGAGGAAUAAUAGAAGGGAAAGUGAAGAUUAAAAACAAUAAAUACACAGGACUUGUGAUUGCGAUAAAUCCAGAAGUUCCAGAAGAUCCGGCGAUCAUAGAUGCCCUUAAGAGUUCGUGGACAGACGCUUCUCGAGAUUUAUUCCGUGCCACAAAUAAACGAGCAUACUUUGAAAAAAUUACUAUACUCGUACCGAAAACUUGGACCAAUGGCAAUUAUGACCGGAGCGACGGAGAAAGCUAUAAAAGGGCGGAGGUUGUGGUCGCUCACGAAAACCCAGCAUAUGGCGAAGUGCCGUAUACAUUACAAUACGGUGAAUGUGGUGAACCUGGAUCGUAUAUUCAUUUGACUCCUAACUAUCUACUCGAUGACAACUUUGUUUACAAUUAUGGGCCUAGAGGUAAAACAAUUGUACACGAAUGGGCGCAUUUCAGAUGGGGUGUUUUCGAUGAAGUUGUAACAAAUGGAUAUGAUCCUUUUUAUCUUUCAUAUGCCGGAAAGAUAGAAGCCAACAGAUGCCCAGUCAAUGUCCGAGGCGACAACUACUACGUGAAUUGGGAUAGUCAGUCUUACAGAGCAUGCGAUACAAAUCAACAAACGAUGCUCCCAGAAGAUGGCUGCAUUUUUUUCCCUGACGAAUCACGAAGUGCGGCGGCUAGUUCUUCGAUGAUGUCUUAUCAAUACUUAGAUUCUGUAUACACAUUUUGCCACGAUGACACAUCUGAUCCCGUCAAUCUUCAUAACCGAGACGCGCCGAACGAACACAACAGACUGUGCAAUCUUAGAAGCACAUGGAAUGUCAUCAGUUCUUCCAGCGACUUUGGUAAUGGAAAAAACCCUACGAACAAUCAAAUUGAAGUCACUACUCCUGAUUUUGAAGUUGUUCAACCUCAAACGUAUCAAAGAUUUGUUCUUGUUUUGGAUACAUCGGGAAGUAUGGAUACCGAAAAUAGAUUAACAAUGAUGCGACAAGCAGCUUCUACGUUCCUUCUCCAAGCGGUUCCCACAGAUAGCGAAGUGGGUAUGAUAGAUUUCGAUUCCACUGCAGAAGUCUUGAGCGAGAUGACUGUCAUUAACGAUUAUGGCGACAGAAUAUUACUGAAUAAUUUGCUGCCAACUGUGGCUGAAGGAGGCACCAGCAUUGGGAGUGGAAUCCGUGCAGGAAUCAAGUUAUUGGAAAAAAAUGGGAAAAGUGCAAAAGGCGGAAACCUUAUUGUACUCAGUGAUGGAGAAGAAAACGAAGAUCCGAGACUUGAUGAUGUGUAUGAUGAAACCAUUGCCGCGGGUGUUAUUGUGAAUUCAAUUGCAUUUUCUUCAGCUGCGGAUCCAAAUCUAGCAGUGAUAUCUGCGAAUACUGGUGGAAUUUGGUAUUUCGCAGACUCCAGUGAUACAAAUACAACUACAGCCCUUACGGAUGCAUUUGUAUCGGUCGCAAAAGUUGACGAUGGAGAUGUUUAUAGAGAAACAUUCCAGAUAUACAGUUCAGCAUUUACUGUGGAAGAUGGCAACCAAGAAAUUGGUCGAAUUGUUAUGGAUAACACUGUCGGCAAUAACACCGUGUUUACGUUUACUUGGUCUCAAUAUGAUACACCACUGAAGAUUGUCAUCACUGCCCCUAGCGGUUGUAACUACGGAACUCAAGUAGUUUCUGGUCGCUGUGAAGCUGGUUUCACCGCUGAUGCUGAUUCAGAUUUGAAAACUGUGUACUUCCCGAUUGCUGGAACAGCAGAGACAGGAACUUGGACUUACUUUGUUAACACUGGCAAUGAGUACACACAAAACGUGGUUGCUACUGCAACCUCAAUGGCAUCUGACAGAGAUGUACAGCCUAUUAAGGUUGAAUCCGGGAUGGGUACAGUUGAGGCAUCUGACGGAGAUGCAAUUGUAGUUUACGCACAGGUCAGCAUGGGUUACGCACCUGUUCUAAAUGCGGAUGUGACUGCCAGAAUUGAAAGACCUUCAGGUGGACCCGUGACAAUCAAAUUGAAAGACAAAGGAGCAGCUCCCGAUGUUCGCAAAAAUGACGGUAUCUAUUCAAGGUAUUUUACAAAAUAUAAUGGAGAAGGAAGAUAUUCUGUACAGGUUUCCGUAACUGGAGUUGAAGGUCAAACCUCGUCAGUGUAUUCAUCUCCGUAUUCCAACGCGGCACUGAAAUUUGGUACAUACAACAGUAAUGGCGGUUUAACACUGAAUUCAAACGCUGCACCAAUUGACCCUACUGAAACGAAUACUGGCAAUUUUUCAAGAUAUUCGUCUCCUGGAGGAUUCUCUUAUAACGGAACUUCAACUACGGAUGUAUUUCGUCCAAGUAAAAUUCAAGACUUGUCUGUAAAUCAGAAUGAUGUUACUGUAUCCGGUAGCAGCAUCCGAGUUGUCUUCACUGCUCCCGGCGACGACUAUGACGAUGGCACAGCUGCCGGUUAUGAAAUUCGAUACAACUUUGGCCAAACAUCAAAUUUACUCGGGAACACGUUUUUCGAUAAUACUUUGAUAAACCAGACUGACGUAACUGAGGGAACCAUUACUUCACCACAAGAAGCUGGCAACUCAGAAUCGUUUUCGUUUGUUAUUCAUGACAUCCCAUCUAGUGAAGCAGUUGUAAUAAUUGCAGUAGCAGUCUGUGCUUAUGACGAAGCAGGAAACUAUGGAGAAGUUUCGAAUGUGGCAACAUUAAACUAUUUUGUUGACCCGUUGGUGGCACCGCAAUCAGAAACAGAUGUUGAAUUGAUACUGAUGAUUGUGUUCAUCUGCACGACUGUAAUACUGGCAUGCAUCGUUGUAUUCCUGGCUUUGCAAAUGAAAGGAAUGAAGAAAAAGAUCAAGGUGGCGCAAAAAAAUUCAGGUGGACAGCAAAAAUACGCCAACGCAGGCUACGUCGCUUAAAUCUGAAUAUGUCCAUUGUAUAUAAAUGAACUCUUUAAUUUUGUACAUUCAAUUUUGCUAAAAAAAAGCUAAAUCCGUUGAGGUUACAUCAAGAAGACGAAGCUUAAGCGUUUUAGCAGGGUUAUUUUUUUUUUUCG